AUGGAUAUGAUGAGUGACAUGCCCAUGGGCUCAAUGUCUAUGGGCAAUGGGGCACCCAGCCUUCUGACGAUGCAGAAGAUGUAUUGGGCUGUCGUUGGGAGUGCCAUCGGUCUAGCUACGAUCGUCAACAUCCUCAACCGGAUACUGGCUCGACAUCGGCUGCAAGAUACGUCUCUGACACCCGCAAAACCCAAAUCCUUCUUCUUCAGCACAUAUGCGACCAUCACUGCCAUCGUGCGCGAAGCCGGCUACGCGACCAUCCAUCCUCUGACGGUGGGCAAGUACACUUUCCAUUUUCCGCCUCUCGGUCCAGUUCUGAUUGUGCUCGCCAAUCUCAUCACGAUCCUUGUUCUUUGUUUCUACAAGCUAGACACGUACGAUGUCUGGCAAUGGGAGAACAUCGGCUACAGCACUGGCUGCAUUGCCAUCUGUCAAAUGCCACUGAUCUUCCUGCUGGCAGGAAGACAAAACAUCAUCGGCUUCCUCGCUGGAAUGAGCUACGCCAGUCUCAACUGGUAUCAUCGAUGGGUCGCGCGGACUUUGUGGCUCACAGCAACGAUUCACAUGUGUUUCUGGUUUCGUGACUGGGGGCGAUAUGACUACAUCGCGUACGAGCUGGCCAACGAUGCACUCCCCCGGCGUGGAUUGGCCGCGUGGUGCAUCUUGACUUUUAUUUUGAUCACCUCCCUUCGUCCCAUCCGCAGCUUGAGCUACGAGAUCUUUGUUUUGCAGCACUUGAUCACCUUCAUCGGGUUUCUCGUUGCCGUAUGGAUGCAUGUCCCCGCCGAGGUCAGGGCUUACAUCUGGAUUCCUAUCGGUUUGCUUGUGUUUGAUCGUCUGGCACGAUAUCUCUGGGGGGCCUAUGUCAAUAUUGCUGUGUUCCAUGGGCAACAAGAUGGCAAAUCAAACCGUUUGUGGGCGCACUCGGCAACUUUCACCCCGAUGCCCGGAAACGUCACCCGUGUCACGAUCAACAAUCCGCGGGUUCAGUGGCUGGCGGGACAGCACGUAUUCUUGACAUGCCAUUCUAUUGCGCCCUUACAAUGCCACCCUUUUACCAUUUCCUCGCUUCCUGAAGAUCAAAAGAUGGAGUUUUUCAUCCGCGCAAAGACGGGAGCCACCAGGCGCCUGUUUCGAUUCGCUUCAAAGAGCAGAAGCAGCUCGAGCAGCUCUGCAGAGGUAUCAGCUGCACAAGAUCGAGUAGUCUUCAUUGAGGGCCCUUAUGGGGCUGUCCGCCCUCUGCGUCAAUUUGAUAGUGUCAUUCUUUUAGCCGGAGGCACGGGUGCAACGUACACUGUUCCCCUGCUGCGGGAUAUCGUGUCGGUAUGGAGAAAGGAGAGGUUGAGUGAGACUUCUGAAGGCCUGGUUCGAGCCAAACGCUUGGCCGCAACCAAGCGGAUUCGAUUUGUUUGGGUGAUCAAAUCCCGGGCACAGCUCAGCCUUUUUGAAAUCCAACUACAAACGGCCCUUGCUGAUGUGGCUGAAUGUCGAUCAAGGCAGCCGAACUUUGUGAAUGAGCUCGAAAUUAGCAUUUACAUCACCUGUGACGAGAAGCUGGAGGGACUCAAUCCCGCCGCACCCGCACUCGCACCUGCGUUCACGCCCCUGGAGGCCGCGCAAGUAUUCAUCGCCGGCGAUCAGCAGAGCCUCCCCAAAAAGAGUGGAACAGUCGAAAAGGACCAGGUUGGUCUACGCUCAAUGUCCGUGGGGUCGUCGUCCUCAUCUGCAACUCCGGCCAUGGUUGGCAAGGGCUGCCUGCCCGGUGGCGGAUGUUGCUGUACCACACAGAUUAUGGACGAAGAACAAAUUGAUACGUGCGUAUGUACGUGUUCAGGACCAGUUCGAACCGAAACUGCGACCCCGGAACGCGACAGAGUUGAUGAGAAGAGAAGGACAUCCCUGGAAAAUUUCGCUCCAUCAUCCAUGGCCUUGCCCAUCUUCGCGGGUCGCCCCCAUCCGCGAACGAUUAUCCGCAAAGUUCUUGAAAAAGCGGAAGGGGAGAGUGCAGUGAUAGUCUGUGGUCCUCAAGGGUUGAGCGACGACGUGCGUCGGAACGUGGUGUCUUUGAGCGACGAACGUGCCGUGCACAAGGGUACUGGAGCGCAGGGAAUUUAUUUGCAUGUCGAGAACUUUGGCUACUAG